AUGAUUAUCAAAAGGGCUAUUCUUGAAGCAUUCAGGGGUACAAUAUCUGAUGACAUAACUAUAGCUAAAGCUUUCCUUACAGAUAUUGAAAAGAGGUCAGUCAAAAAUGAAAAGGCUGAAAUUGGUACAAUUUUGACGAACUUAAUUUCAAUGAGAUAUAAAGGUAAUGGUAAUAUCAGGGAGUACAUAAUGGAAAUGUCUCAUCUAGCUUCAAAACUAAAGAUACUGAACCUAGAAAUUUCUGAGGAUCUAAUAGUGUACUUGGUUUUGAUAUCUCUUCCUGCAAGAAGAGGAAGGUUAAAGCUAGAUAAGACUGAAAGUGCUCAUCUUACCUUUAUCUCGAAAUCUAAAAGGAAAAGACCACAAAAGAAAGAAGCUGUAGAUAAGGAUUCUCAAAAGAAACAACAUGAAAUCAGAUACUUAUAA